AUGGAAGACGAAAAAAAGGUUAUGUUUCAUGAAAUGGAACUGGAUGAUCGCAUUUUAAAGGCAAUAUCACAGCUGGCAUGGCCAGAACCCACACUGAUUCAAGAAACCGCAAUCCCUUUGCUUUUGGAAGGUAAAGAUGUGCUGAUGAGAGCCAGAACAGGGUCCGGCAAGACUGCUGCAUUCACAAUACCAGUCAUACAAAAGAUAUUAAAUAUGAAGAAUACAAGUACACAUCAGUGUAUCAGAGCUCUCAUACUUUCACCAAGUAAGGAGCUGUGUGGACAGAUUACUUCAGUAAUUGGUGACCUAACCACAAAAUGUGCAAGGGAAGUGAAAUGCAUAGAUAUAUCGUCAAGUGGAGACACAGCAACACAGAAGGCUCUAUUGUCAGAUAAGCCAGAUAUUGUAGUGGCAACACCGUCAAGGGCGCUGGCGCACUUGAAAGCUAAUAAUAUGAGGCUGAAAGAAGAUCUGGCUGUACUUGUGGUGGAUGAAGCAGAUUUAGUGUUCUCAUUUGGUUAUGAGGAUGAGAUUAAAGAAUUGUUAGGACAUUUGCCAAAAAUCUACCAAGCUGUCUUGGCAUCAGCAACACUCUCUGAAGAUGUGCUUAGUCUCAAAAAGAUUGUUCUCCGUAACCCUGUCACCUUAAAACUGGAGGAGCCAGAGUUAGCACCUUCAUCACAGCUGCAGCAUUACCAUUUGUUUGCAGAGGAAGAUGACAAGGCAGCCAUAUUGUAUGCUUUACUGAAACUGAACCUUAUCAGAGGAAAGAGCAUAAUAUUUGUUAGGACAGUAGAUAGGUGUUACAAAUUAAAAUUAUACUUAGAACAGUUCAAAAUAGGGUCAUGUGUUCUCAACUCAGAGCUUCCAGCUGCAGUUAGAUGUCUGUCAGUAGACCAGUUUAACAGAGGAAGGUAUCAGAUCAUUAUAGCAUCAGAUGAAAUGGCCCUGGAGAAGCCAGAUGGUGGUAUACUCCCCAUCGAAGAGAGAAAGAAGAAGAAACAGAAUUCUAAACGGAAAAAGGACAAAGAGUCAGGAGUAUCAAGAGGGAUAGAUUUCCAGCAUGUGUCUAAUGUCAUCAACUUUGACUUCCCAUUAGAUGUGAACUCUUAUGUGCACAGAGCUGGGAGAACAGCUAGAGGAAAGAAUCAGGGUUCAGUGUUGUCAUUUGUAUCAAUAAGAGAGAAGCCACUGAUGGAUGCAGUAGAGGUUCAUUUGUCAAAAGGAUUCAAAUCACAGAAAGUUCUACAGAAAUAUGAGUUUGCCUUGGAAGAAGUGGAAGGUUUCCGCUACAGAUCGCGAGACGCAUGGCGAGCUGUGACUAGGAUAGCAGUCAGGGAGGCUCGUCUCAAGGAAAUCAAACAGGAACUGCUCAAUUGUAAAAAACUACAGGGCUACUUUGAAGAAAAUCCAACAGAUUUGGCAGCUUUACGAAGAGAUAAAGCUCUGCAUACUGUGAAAGUACAGCACCACUUGGCUCACGUCCCUGAAUACUUAUUACCUGCUGCCUUGAGGAGUGAUGAGACGGUGGAAGAUGAGCAGGAAGGUGUUGCAGCACCAGCUCCUGCCCCACAGAGGAAGAGGAAACAGAACACACAGUACGGGAGCGCGAAAAGACAUAAAUAUCAAGCCCGCAAAAACGAUCCCCUGAAAAGCUUGGACGUGAAACAGAAGGCCACAGCCGCCGGCGACACGUAG